UGGAGCGACUGCUCUCCAGCGAGCGGUUACAGCAUGGUCAUGCGUUUGGCCGGUCCGCUGUGGGAUGCUGUACAUGUCCGUUGCAUAAAAGUGGACAGGUGUAACGCGCACUGCUGAGUGGGGGAAUUAAAGCAAAACGCCAGAACACUGACAUUGCCUGAUUUGUGAGCGGGCAUCAGUCACUGUUGUGCUCUGUAUCUGCAGCCGAGGAGGGUUCCCCCCCUCCCGCUGUAAUAUUUAUGACAAAGCGGAGGCAAAUUAUUCUGGUCACGUUUUGGGCUGACAGCCGGCUGUCCUGGAGAGCGCUGGAGUGAAUCGCAGUCCAGUGCUGGAGAUAGCGCAGCGCACGGACACCUGCAGUAGGAUGUAAAGGGAACUCCCACUCAUCAAACUGGACAAGGAGAAACAGAACAUGGUCUACUGUGGCGGCUGCUGUUGCUAUGUGUGAAGGAGUGCUGUGGCGUCAAUGGAGACCGAAGGCUAUCGUGACCUCCUGGAGACCAGCGAUGGUCAGGGGGUAGGCCUGCUGGAUAGAGUGGGUGAGGUGGGUGUGGAGGAGGGCUGGAGCACACCCUAUCCUCUGGGCUUCCAGGUGUCUUUGACCACCGUGCUGAUGCUGGAGCUGGUGCUGGGCUUCAGCAGCAACCUGACCGUACUUGUGCUUUACUGUGCCCAGUCCAACCUGGUGGAUUCAGUCAGCAACCUGGUCACAGUCAACCUCCAUGUGCUGGACAUACUGGUCUGUGUGCUGUGUCUGCCGCUGACUGUGGCCGUGAUCCUGCUACCAGCUAAUGAAAGUGGAGUCGGCAGCCUGGCCACGCUGUGCUGCUUUCAUGAGGCCUGUGUUACAUUCACCAGUGUGGCCACAGCAGUCAAUGUGCUGGUGAUAAGUUUGGACCGUUACGACAUCUCAGUGCGUCCAGCCAGUCGUCUGUUGACUCCCCGGCGUGCAGUACUGCUCCUGGUAGCGGUGUGGGCUGUGUCUCUUGCUGUGUUCUUCCUGCCCUUUGUUGAGGGGGACUUCUUCACUUCAAGGGCUGAGGAUGAGGAUGACGAGCCUGAAAGGCAGAACAAUGACUUGGACUUCACCACUGGACUGAGUCCCACAUUUUCCUCCCUAUCUCCUUCCUUAUUCCCCUCAAUUCACCCCUCCUUCCCUUCACAUCACCUGCCUCCAGUAUGGCAGAAUAGGACAUUACUAUGUGUUGGAGGGCAGGGGUAUUACACAGGCCUGGCUAUGUAUUACCACUUGUUAAUCCAAGUGCCCUGCUUCUUUGUUGCUGUGGCUGUCAUGUUGUUCACCUACUCCAGGAUCCUACAAGCCCUCAACAUCCGCAUUGGUUCCCACAUGAUGAGGAGUUCACGUUCAAAGGACUCUACCUGCAGGAUACGCUGCAGGAGACAGAAGAGGAAGAACCUCAGCCUGCCUAGAGAGGGAGUAUCUUCAAACCAGAACCAGAACCUCAGCCAUCCUCCCCUUAUUCCUUCUCCAACCCCUACACCAACAUCACCUCCUCCACUCUCCUCCAUGCCCCAAGGGAUGUCUGACAGUGGAGCAACAGUGACUACUGUCAGUACUGCUGCCACCACCCCCAUCGCAACCACACCAGCCACCCCUGCUUCUCCAACACCAGCUUCGGCCUCAACCCAGACCCGUGCCACCACACCACUGCCUGCCUCCUCCAUGGGUGUCCAGGCCUCAGUUUCAGCAAUCAUAGCCCUGAGGCGGGCAGUGCGCAGACACAGGGACCGCCGUGAACGUCAACGCCACGUCCUAAAAAUGUCCCUAAUCAUCAUAUCCACCUUCCUGGGCUGCUGGGCCCCUCUGUCUGCAGUCAAUGUUCUGAUCCUGUGUUUGGGUCCCAGUGACAGCCUGGUACGGCUGCGUCUCUGCUUCUUGGCAAUGGCUUAUGGAACUACCAUUUUUCACCCUCUGCUCUACGCUUUCACAAGGCAGAAACUGCGUCGCGCCUUCAAAACACGUGUCAAGAAGAGAGUAGUGUCCCUUCUGCAGGUGGACCCAGCUCCCAGUGGGGGGGCAGUUAUUCAUAACUCCUGGGUGGAGGGGGGAGGCCCGAGGAAGAGUCGCAAGCCACGGGGGGAAGCAAGUGAUGGCACGGAUCGAUGCCUCACAGAAGCAGUGAGGGAAUGAGGCUGGUCUUCAGUGUGUGUGUGUGUGUAUGUGAGUGUGGGUGUGAAUUUGAAGAAUUGUAUGUAUCUUACCAAUUUGCUAGAGAUGAAUCCUGUCGACAUGGGUGUGAGAAAAAUGAGAGCCAGUUAGUUUAAAUAGGUCAAGACGAAUCCCGUGACCUCUGGUUCCAUGCAGAUGUGGGGAUAGAUAAGUUUGGAGCUGUAAUUAGGCCCAGCUUUCUGUCCUCCUUACAAUGAUCCUCAUUAGUCCAUUUCCUGACUGAAAAUGUGGCCAUUAGGUCUCCUUGGCAAUACUGGCCAAACAUUAUGACAUCUCCAUAGCCAUGGUUAUACUGAAAAUACUAGUGUGCACCACAUGUGUGAGGUUAGAUGACAGCAAAUGCAAAUAUGAUUGUUCUUGUGGGCACUUUCAGUUUGCAUGUGCAUCCACACAUGCACAGAUAAACAUAAACAUACAUACAGUACAAACACUUACACAUACAUAGGGCUUUAUUUUCCUGAAACAGGGCACAAAGGCAUGUCUAAACCCCAGGGGAAGGUGCGUAUUGGUGCGUCCAACAAUCUUUUGGUAUUUUGGUGACAGCAAAUUCUGGCAGAUCAGUUGUAAAUGUAAGGGUUUACUUUAAGUUGGUGUGGCCAUUAGAAUACAUCUGUCCAUGUGCUUCCUAGCCUAGACUGUUCUAAGGAAAAUUGCCAUGUAUGUACCUGUGUUUGGGAUAAAAUGCGCUCUGAGCAGUCUUUAACACAAACACAAAUUAUGAGCACCAAAUUUGCACUCAAUGCGGCAUCAGCUGCACCUCUCCCCGCACUGCAGUGUGGGUGCAUUCAUUCAUGGCAGGUAAAUACCAAACACGCCAAUGUGCAAAAACAGACCUAUGCCCGAGGCAAACUUCAAAAAGAGAGUUUGAAGCUAUGCUGACUUUGCGUUGGCAGGAAAAUAAAACCCCAACACUUAUUGCACACUGAUCUAUAUUUGGUCAUUAUCUGUGAAAGCACACAAUAUCUACCUGCACAGAUAAUCUCAGUGAGGAAAAAAAUAGUAAUUGAAGUUUAUAUUUCUCCUUCUUUCCCUUAUUUUUCAUGCCUUAAUUGAGUUAUUAAUAUAUUUGCAUGGUGCUGAAUGUCCUGCUGUACGUUUACAACAAUGUAUCAGAGUGAACAUGUUGUUACAUACUGUAUAUGAAAUAGCAGAUUAAUAGAAGGUAAAUGCAAGCAGUGAGAUUCAAAGUUUACAAGUUCACACACCAGAAAACUGCAAAAAACUGAUUUUGUUUCCACUGAGCACCAUAUUCUAGAAGAAUGUGUGCAAUUUAAAGAUAAAAGGCAUGACUUUUUUUUUUAAACAUAAUCUAACAGUUAUAGGUAAGGAUGUUUGUGUGACUGUGGUUUGCAUAUAUGCAUAUAUGCAUGUGUGUUUGCGUGUGCAACAUGGGGUGUGGCUGCAUAAAUUAAUGAACAAGUGUGUGCAUCCAAGAUUAUGUGCAAUAAACUAUGGGCAAAGCAAUGACCCCUAGGAUGUGAACAAAGAGAAUGUGAACACAGAAUAGUUUUUUCUAUUUAUGCUUUAGAUUACAGGGGGAAGAGAGAGAGGGGACUUAGUCUUCUGAUUAACAGCAGGAGGCCACUGGGCAUAAUAUAAAACUAAUUAUGUGGAGCAGUUGUAACUAUGUGUAUAUGACAGGCCACUGUAAUAUUACUGAAACUGUAUCACUUCGGUUUUAAAGCGGAAAUCAAAGGGCAAUAUUUUGUGAAAACCAUUAGCACUGUCUCUGUAGUCAACACUGGUACUAGUGUCCUAAACCAGAGAAAUGAUAACAUGCAAAAACAACCACUGACAUGGGGCAUCUCAUGUUACAGUAGCUGUUUGUUGAUCUGGAGGGCAGAGUCGCUGUUUUUGGAUGGCACUUACAAUGACUGCAGAGACAGACCUCUGUCAGCUUCUCGACCGAGUCCUGACUGGUUACAUCAUAUCUGUGUCUCUCUUUCUCCUCAGGGCUUCAUGUCGCAUUUCUAGAUGUGCUUUACAUAAACCACUAAACCAGCCCUCAAACAACUAUUCUGGACAUGUAUUAUGGGUGUCACAGUAGGUAAAGUUUUAUGUCAUAAGUAGAUAGAGUACACUUUGAACUUUGUAUGGACUGGGAGAGAUCCUUGAGCUUUGGGUUGUCUCCUCUUUCAUCUCACCCCUUUUACACUAUUUGUGAGCCAGACAGAAGAAAAAUAAUUCUUGUGUAUUCAUGUAUAUUUUUCAGGGAUGUAAAUAUUGAAGUGUAUGAUUUGGGGUUUACUCCAAAAAAAUCAUUAAAACUUCUUUGGUCACAAUCAUCUGCCGGACAGAAAAUCAGCUAUUGUGAUAAAGUUCGAGUGAGCUGGAAAGUUACUGUGAAGAGAAGAUACAUGUAAAUGUAUUUGUGUUAAUAUGUGUACUGUAUAUUUAUGAUCAUGUGUA